GCAUGAGCGGGAGCUUGUUCGAUCAUGUAUUCAUUGGUUCUCCCGUCUUUUGUCUUUGUCCCCAAGAAAACAGUGAGUAUUCACAGCAACAUGUGACUUCUAAAAGCAUCAAGUCCGAGCGAGCGCGAGGCCGAGGGGAAUAAUCGUAUAAUUUCGUCACUGCGCAAGAAAAGCUACAGCAAAGAAGUAUGGAAAGGUUGCUCUCGCAUGCCGCGCUAGCGAUCUCGCUUUCCCCCUUCCCCUUCGCCUCUGCCUCCGAGCUGGCGGUCCAGAACCUGCACCGGCAUAAGAUCUCGACUUCCGCGGAGAGGACAAGAAGUCGUGCCUCCACAUCAAAAGCCAGCGACAGGGGUACAACGCAAGAACACACACAGAACCAGAAGAAACUGUUUCUCAAUGAGGUGGCAAAGGAACAAACGAGUACUGCCACCGAGUACCACCAGCCCGCCUGGGCCCCCGGUGAGCAGGAAGGUAGUUCGCUCGAAUGCAUAAAAUACCCCAAAGUGAUGUUUGCAAUGGGAUGUUUUUGGUGCGCGGAGGAGGCUCUCCGGGAGUUGCUGACGCCCAAAGACCCCUGCGUGAACAAAACCAUCUUGUCCGGAUUGGUCGGUCCGUUCGCCGGUGCUACGACGCGGGGUCAACUGCAGGCGGGCCGGUCACAGUACGGAGGAGGACCAACCGCGGGACCGGAGCGCUACGUCCAUUACCACAUCCACGAUCCAGAGCUGUAUAUUAACCGAGCUCUCUAUCUGUUUUACGUUGAUCUCUGUUUUGCUGCAUUCUGUUGUUUCAUGUACUACACUAACGCUGAAAGCACUCAUCCGCUGAAGUAGCGAAGCUCUCUCAACGUAAUGAACAACAGGUACACCGAGGCUGUUCAGUUCCGCACUUCCCUGCCCUUCACCCCGGAUAUUCUCCACGCUUUCUGGACCAACGUCGACCCCCUGGACGGCGGCGGCCAGUUCGAUGUCCGGGGGGACAAGGUGCGGAGUGGCAUCUACGCGCAAACCCCGGAGCAGUUUGCGGCCGCAAAAAGCAGCAUUGCAGAGGUGGCGCAGGUUCUGGGCAAGGACGUCGCGGACAUCAAGACCUUCGUGCAGGGCUUUUCCGAAAACCCCUGGCUGCAGACCAACGUCUUUUACCCGUCCGAGGAAAAGCAGCAGAACUACUUCAACAAGGUCGGCCACACGGUCGCCAAGGAUCAGCGACCCCGAACCAUCCGGUUGAAAGAGUUGUGGGACACCGGAAACGCCGGCACGGCGCUGCAAACGGCGUUGAGUAGUGUCGUCUUCGCGGAGAAAAGACGGGAAAGCGAGAAAGCGGUGGCGUUGCUGAGUCUGGAUGUGGUGAAGGACGCAGGAGCCGAAGAUGUGAAACUGAAGAUACCAGAGCAUGAGAACCAGCAGAUCGGAGCGGCCAGCGACGAGGCGGGCGAGCGCACGGCAAGUGUCGUGGCUGCUACUGGUGGAGGUGCAAACAAGAAUCACAAUCCACAAACCGAAAAGCCGGAGAAUACGAUACAGAGCACGGCGGACGAACCUUUUCUCGUGGCAGAGGAGAAAAAGCAAUCAAAUGAGAAGGUGACGUGA